AUGGACUCAGAGCUUUUAAAAUAAGACCAUAAGAAGGUACCUAAAAACCUCUUAAAAGCAUGGCUUGGAAACAUUUUUUACUUCUAUGUAAUGUACCUUGUAAGUUUGUAUCUAUUCAUCUUCCUCUUGUAUAAGAGUCUUUAUGAAAAGAGUAUAGUGUCUGGAGCUAUUCUUGCUUCAAUUUGUACUUAUUAAUACUAUUUUGCUAAAAGAUCUGAAACCUUCAUUAGGUUUAUCAAGUGGAUAUAAUUUCAUUAAAUUUUUGAAGACUGGACUUUUGUUAUGGAAGAACCUAUUUAAGAAAAGAAUUCUAUGAUAGCUUUCCACCCUCACUGUAUUUUUAAUAUCGCCUUUGUCUGGAAUAACCACAUAAACUAUGAGAUAACUCCACUAGCAUCUAGGAUGAUUUAUAAUGUUCCAUUUACCGGUAUCUUCGCAAGAUGGAUGGGAAUAUCUACAGUUGAUGCUCAAAAUAUGAAAAAUAAAAUGAAAAAAGGAUAAAACAUAGGAUUGCUACCAGGUGGAUUUGAAGAAGCCACCUUGACAAGUACUAAAGAAAAUAGAGUCUAUAUUAAGAAUAGGAAAGGAUUCAUAAAAUAUGCAUUGCAAUAUGGAUAUACAGUUUAUCCAUCUUAUGCUUUUGGUGAAAAUAAAUGCUAUUAUACUAUUGAAAAAUUCUUAUCCUUUAGAUUAUUUCUUAAUAAAAUUAAGCUAGUAGGUGCUUAUUUUAUUUCAAAAUAUGGAUGGAUUCCUCGCCACAAUUUCGGAAUACAUACUGUUAUUGGUAAAGGAAUUAAAUUGCCAUAAAUAAUCAAUCCAACACAAUAAGAUAUUAACAAGUAUCAUGAAGUAUAUUUGAGUGAACUGAUUAGUCUAUUUAAUAAAUACAAAAAAAUAUAUAAUCAAGGAGAUUAAAUACUUAAAAUUUAUUGA